CGACAUAUAAUUAUCCAUCCAAUGGGGGAAGAACCGUCAAAGUCGUCAGAGUCAGAAGAACCUAACACCUCGGCGGUUAUUUCCAACGAUACAGCAGUAAUGGCGGUGGUGCCUUCACAGGAAUCUGCCACGAAACCUUCUUGGUUUACGCCGAAGAGGUUACUAGCAAUAUUUUGUGUAAUUAACAUGUUAAAUUAUGUUGAUCGAGGAGCGAUAGCAAGCAAUGGUGUGAAUGGGAGUAUACGGACGUGCACAGACAGUGGUAUAUGCACUUCGGGUAGCGGAAUUCAGGGAGAUUUUAACUUGAACAAUUUUGAGGAUGGAAUUCUGUCUUCUGCUUUCAUGGUUGGACUUCUGAUAGCUUCCCCAAUAUUUGCAUCCCUGGCAAAGAGCCACAACCCAUUUAGGCUUAUUGGAGUUGGAUUGUCAGUUUGGACCUUCGCUACAGCUGGCUGCGGUUUUUCACUUAAUUUUUGGUCCAUUACAAUAUUCCGCAUGCUGGUAGGUGUUGGCGAGGCUUCAUUCAUAAGUCUUGCGGCUCCAUUUAUAGAUGAUAAUGCCCCUGCUGCUCAGAAAACGGCAUGGCUUGGGAUCUUUUAUAUGUGUAUACCAACUGGAAUUGCCAUUGGCUAUGUUUAUGGAGGAGUGGUUGGAGGCCAUUUUAAUUGGCGGUGGGCAUUCUGGGGAGAGGCAAUUUUGAUGCUUCCUUUUGCUGUUUCUGGAUUUAUUAUUAAACCCUUGCAGUUGAAAGGUUUCAGUCUUACUGAAUCAGAAAAAGGGUUGGAGCCUCCAGCGACAGUUGCAGGUGAAGUUGAAGAUGCACAGGUUUCAGAUGGUAAAGUUGGUGUCGUUGCAGGAAGUGAGGAAUUUAAUCAUCACAACUCUAAGAAAUCUUUUUUGUCCAAGGGAUCACUGAAGAUUCUGAAUCAAAUUUCAAGGUUCUUGAAAGAUAUGAAAGUUCUUCUGAUUAAUAAGGUCUAUAUUGUAAAUGUUCUAGGUUACAUAGCAUACAACUUUGUCAUAGGAUCUUAUUCAUAUUGGGGGCCAAAGGCUGGUUACGCUAUUUAUCAUAUGAGUAAUGCAGAUAUGGUGUUUGGGGGCAUUACAGUUGUAUGUGGCAUUGUUGGAACAGUAGCUGGAGGUUUUGUUCUUGAUUACAUGAAUUCCACAAUCUCCAAUGCUUUUAAGCUUCUUUCUGGAGCAACACUUCUGGGGGCUAUAUUUUGCUUCAGUUCUUUCUGUACAAGGAACCUAUAUGGUUUUAUAGCUCUUUUUGCACUUGGUGAAAUUAUGGUCUUUGCCACCCAGGGUCCUGUGAAUUACGUGUGCCUUCACUCUGUUACUCCCAGCAUGAGACCAUUAUCUAUGGCAAUGUCUACUGUUUCAAUCCACAUCUUUGGAGAUGUUCCUUCCUCACCACUUGUUGGGAUUCUCCAGGAUUAUAUUAACAACUGGAGGGAAACCACUCUUAUUCUAACAUCUAUCUUGUUCCUAUCUGCUGGAAUAUGGUUUAUAGGGAUAUUUCUCCGUAGCGUGGACAGAUUCAAUGAAGACAUUGAGAAUCAAGUCUUAACAGUUGAAAGGUCAAAUCUAAGGCCAUUACUUGAUGGAAACACGACAGAAACCCAAGAGGAGUCUACAUGAACCAUGAUUCUUAUGACAAUAGGAAGCUAUUCGUUCUGGUUUAGCCACAGCAUGGAUGCCCACAUGGUGCUUUCCCUAAUGUCAGUUUUCAUGCAAAAUUGUAAUUAGCAAAUGUUUAUAUUGUUAACAAUUCUGAAGAGAUGUUAUUUUAUUGUUUGCAAAUGUACAGUCUCAAAGAAGUUACAAUGUGU